AUGAUGUUCCGAGACCAGGUGGGCAUUCUCGCUGGCUGGUUCAAGGGCUGGAAUGAGUGUGAGCAAACAGUGGCCCUGCUGUCACUUCUGAAGCGGGUCACUCGCACCCAAGCUCGUUUCCUGCAGCUCUGUCUGGAACACUCUUUGGCGGACUGCAAUGACAUCCACCUGCUGGAGUCAGAGGCCAACAGUGCUGCCAUCGUCAGCCAGUGGCAGCAGGAGUCCAAAGAGAAGGUAGUGUCUCUCCUGCUGUCCCAUCUGCCCCUGCUUCAGCCACGCAACACGGAGGCCAAGUCGGAGUACAUGAGGCUGCUGCAGAAAGUGCUGGCCUACUCGAUCGAGAGCAAUGCCUUCAUCGAGGAGAGUCGCCAGCUGCUCUCUUAUGCCCUCAUCCACCCGGCCACCACACUGGAGGACCGCAACUCACUGGCCCUCUGGCUGAGCCACCUGGAAGAGCGGCUGUCUAGUGGCUUCCGCACCCGACCGGAACCCACUUACCACUCUCGCCAGAGCUCAGAUGAGUGGGGGGGGCCUGCAGAGCUGAGCCCCAGGGAGGCAGGGUCAGGCUGGCAGGACAAGCCACCCCGGGAAAAUGGACACGUUCCUUUCCACUCACCCAGCUCUGUGCCGCCAGUCAUCAACAGUAUUGGGAGCAACGCAAAUGCAGGUCUCCCCUGCCAAAUCCACCCCAGCCCUCUGAAGCGCUCCAUGUCACUCAUUCCCACGAGCCCCCAGGCCCCUGGUGAGUGGCCAAGUCCAGAGGAGCUCGGGGCUCGGGCUGCUUUCACCACGCCCGACCACGCACCCCUCUCGCCCCAGAGCAGCGUGGCCUCCUCUGGCAGUGAGCAGACGGAGGAGCAGGGCUCCAGCCGGAACACUUUCCAGGAGGAUGGCAGUGGCAUGAAAGAUGUGCCCUCAUGGCUCAAGAGCCUCCGCUUGCACAAGUACGCAGCCCUUUUCUCACAGAUGAGCUACGAGGAGAUGAUGACACUGACUGAACAGCAUCUGGAGUCUCAGAAUGUCACCAAAGGUGCCCGCCACAAGAUAGCCCUGAGCAUCCAAAAGCUGCGUGAGAGGCAGAGCGUCCUCAAGUCCCUGGAAAAGGACGUGCUGGAAGGAGGAAACCUGCGAAACGCUCUGCAGGAGCUGCAGCAGGUUAUCGUCACCCCGAUCAAGGCCUACAGUGUUCUCCAGGCCACUGUGGCCCCCACCUCCACCACCUCCACCUCCACUGCCAGGGAUGCGGGCCAGGGGGAGCCACUGCUGCCAGGUGCUGAGACUCCCCUGGCUCAUCCCAGCACAGACAAGGGCACUGAGGCCAAGGAUCCUCCAGCUGCAGAGAGCUACCCCCCUCCACCAGCUCCAGUUCCCACUGAUGGCAGCGAGCCAGCCCCGGCUCCCGUUGCUGACGGAGACAUUCCCAGCCAGUUUACACGGGUGAUGGGCAAAGUGUGCACCCAGCUGCUGGUGUCGCGGCCAGAUGAGGAGAACAUCACCGGUUACCUCCAGCUCAUCGAGAAGUGCCUGACUCACGAGGCUUUCACGGAGACACAGAAGAAACGGCUGCUGUCCUGGAAACAGCAAGUGCUAAAGCUCCUCCGAACCUUCCCGCGCAAAGCCGCACUAGAGAUGCAGAACUACCGGCAGCAGAAAGGCUGGGCGUUUGGCUCCAACUCACUCCCCAUAGCUGGCUCUGUGGGGAUGGGGGUGGCCCGGCGGACCCAGCGGCAGUUCCCAAUGCCUCCCCGGGCCCUUCCACCCGGCAGAAUGGGCCUUCUAAGCCCCUCGGGCAUUGGGGGCAUUUCCCCCAGACACGCCCUCACCAGCCCCAACCUUGGGGGCCAGGGCCGACAGAACUUAUGGUUUGCCAACCCUGGAGGCAGCAACAGCAUGCCCAGCCAGAGCCGUAGCUCUGUGCAGCGCACACAUUCGCUCCCAGUCCACUCCUCGCCGCAGGCCAUUCUCAUGUUCCCUCCAGACUGUCCGGUCCCUGGGCCUGACCUGGAGAUCAACCCCACUCUGGAGUCUCUGUGUCUGAGCAUGACAGAACACGCCUUGGGUGAUGGGACAGACAAAACCUCCACCAUCUGA